AUGAAUGGUCUAGCUCCGGCAGAGGAUCGGUCUGAGAUUGCCUUCUUCGACGUCGAGACUACAAUUCCGUUCCGAGCUGGCCAAAAGUUCGAGAUUCUGGAGUUCGGAUCGAUCCUCUUUGCCCCAAGAAGCUUCAUCACGCCUCGGUCUGUGAAGUGCAACGGUAUCAAGCGAGAGGACGUCGAAUCGAAACCUUCGUUUGCAUAUAUCGCCGACAUCGUCUAUAAUAUUCUUCAUGGAAGGAUAUGGGCAGGGCACAACAUAUUAAGGAAAUUUGGUUUACCUUUGAUCAAACUCGUGGAUGGAACAAUACAUUAG